ACGUAUUCGUUUAGAAAAAUGCUCCAAUCACCUCCUAUACUUUUCCUAGUGAUCCUCGCCUGGUCGUCGAGAGCACAGGAUUUGGAUGCCAGCUGUGGGAUCGCUGGCAAAAUAACGCCGAUCAGGGAAGUGCCGUGGAUAGCUUCUGUUCAGCUGGAAAAGAACAACCUGUGCAUCGGCACUAUCCUCAACACCAAGUACAUACUUACUGUUUCGGACUGCGUGGAAGGCAAGAAAGUAUCUGGUCUCAAGGUGCGCGUAGGCAACGCCCGUCGAGGUUUGGGAACUGCUGUUGCAGUUUGCAAAGUGAUUAUCCAUCCCCAGUCCGACAAAAAGAAGGUCGAAAGCUAUCCGGCUUUGCUGAACCUCUGCGAACCGCUAACGCCCUCGGAAAAGGUCAAAGAAAUCGCUAUAAUCGACAAGCAGCCUCAGAAGGGCGACCGGGCCUCGGCCUCAGUCUCCGGAUGGGGUUCCCUCAGCUGGUGGCGAUUUCUGAACAAAUCGUGCUGGGCCGUCUCACCAAAUGUACUGCGCAAAACUAAAGUCCAGCUCUUGCAAGUCCGUGAUUGCGCCGCGAUACGAAAGAGCUUGCGUUGGUCUUCGGUGGUAACGGAUCAAAACCUUUGCACCGCCAAGAAGGACAACGUCUGCACCUUCAACCAGGGAGCCCCGCUGGUCAUCAAUGGCAGGCUGGCCGGCUUAUUGGCCUAUAGCGAAUGUAACAAGUUGCCCGAGGUCUAUGUCAAUUUAUUUAGUCACAAAAAUUGGAUAGAAACCAAUACAAAGGACAAGUAAUAAACAAAAGUUAAAGUUAACUAAUGUAAA